GCUUCAGCCGGACUGCAUAUAGUACUACCGCCACUGAUGUGGAAAGGUAGACCCUCGGAUUCUGUUGUUCUUUAUAAAUGACAGUGAUGCUGCCUUCUCUUGAUUUGAUUUCUAGGUACCAUUGCAUUUUUUUGAUAUGAAAAAUUCUGAUCAAGAUAAAUACAAUGAUAUGAAGUAAAUGCGGAUGACAAGGAGACAAGAUUUUACAUUUAACUCAGCAUUGAGCCUCUACAGUAAAAAGACGCAGUUGGUUUGACUACUUAUCUUAGGUCUCCAUUAAGUGAUAAGCUACUUACAUAUAUAUGAAGUCAAGAAUAUGGUUUCAAUUAAAAAAUGUCUCAUGAGACAGAAAGCACUACAAGACAAUCCUUAAAUCAAAAAAACCAUUAAAGACAGUUUAGGAUUUUAAUUAAAUUAAAUUAAAUUAAUUAAUUAAAAUGAGUGUUACUCUCUUUGAUAUCUAGAUGCCAUCAAAUCAAGAUUUAUUUAAAGCAGCAUUUCAAGGAAAUCUCACUUUUUUCAAAGAACUACAGAGUUGUGAUGUAGGCAGCCAUGACACAUGGUUGACCGUCACAUACCCUAAAUCAGGAGAUAAUCUCCUUCACUGUGCUGCGAGGCUAGGACAUGUGCACCUGUUGAAGUUUCUCCAUGAAGCUGGGGCCAAUUUAGAGCUGCCAAACUUUGAUGGGAAGAGGCCACUACAUGAGGCAGCACAGGCCGGGCAUCUUGACUGUGUCAAGUACUUGCUGUCACAAGAUGUGUCUGUUGACUCAUUGAAAAGGGCCGACUGGACCCCUCUGAUGUUGGCAAGUGUAAAGCUUGAUCAGAAGGUGAUACAAGUUCUCAUCCAUUCCGGAGCCGAUCCAUGUCUCAGAAAUAAAGAUGGAUGGAACAGUUUUCAUCUCGCUUGUAGAGAAGGAGUCCUUUCCAUUGUCAAGUUUUUUCACAAUUGCAAUGGAGACCUGGGGGACACUGUCAGCAAGAAUGGGAGAACACCCCUUCAUACUACAGCUCUCCAUGGUCGUUAUGAAGUCGCCUCAUUUCUACUGGAGCAUUGUGGGUAUUCAGUGGAUAUGAAGGACAGCUGCGGAAGUACACCAUUCAUGGACGCCAUGCGCUCUGGUCAUGUGAACGUUGGCCAACUUCUUUUUGAGAAACAGCAGGCCAGUGUGGAUGUUGUGGAUAAUGUUGGGUUCCAGUCCAUCCAUCAGGCAGCCCAAGCCGGCCAGGAGGGGUCUGUUAGGUACUUGGUGGAGACCAGGGGUUUGGAAGUGGACACGCUGACCACAGCAGGCUCCACAGCUUUGGCCGUUGCUUCCAAGGAAGGACAGCUGGCGGUACUGGAGUGUCUAUUGGGAGCUGGAGCUAAAGUUAACAGUGUAGAUACCAAGGGAAGAUCAGCCCUUCACAUCGCCAGCGGUGCCCAGCAUGCAGACUGUGUGAAGGUGUUACUGCAUCAUGGUGCAGUGCUAGCACCUGAUGGUGCAGGUAAAACACCGGAACAGCUUGCAAAGAAGGACAAUGUCAUCCAAAUGUUUAAAGAACAUAUUUCUAAUUUAGAUGAGUCAUAAUGCUGCCAUUUGUCAUAUAAUAUAUUUUAAAUGUUCGCAAAGGGCUAUUCCAGAUAUAGAUAUAGGGGUGGGACAUAUAAAUGAUAAUAUACGUGGACGAUAGGGUUUUAACAUAAUUGUUAACAUUUAUAUAUAAUACAACAGGUAAUGAAAUUUGAAUGGAUAAGUAGGAGAGGAUGAAAUGACAGUGACGAAAAUGUGCAUGAAUGUAAAAAUGUGUUAUCAAAUAAACAAAAUAU